AUGGGGCCCAACCCAGUGUUUGGAUAUCGAGCACAUAAUAAAGUGUUUAACAAAUGUCAAGAAAAUCAACUUGCUGAUUAUAUUAAAAACUCAGCAGACCUGUAUUUUGGGCUAUCGCCUACAGCCAUUAGAAAAUUAGCUUUUAGUUUUUCUCUGAAAAUAAAUUUAAAAGUACCAAAAAAAACUGGAUUGAUAAAGAGCAAGCAGGAAUUGAUUGGUUUUCAGCCUUCCUUAAAAGAAAUCCAACACUGUCCAUUCGCCAGCCAGAAGCUACAAGCAUCUCAAGAGCUAUGA